AUGGAUGAAAGACAGCCUCACAGGGUCGAGCCAAUCACAGAGAAUGCGAUGAAAUCGUCGCCAGAUCGGCUCGAACCUACGACCCACAUAGCCGAAAACGGUAGCUUCUCUUUGAUUGAGCGUGUCAUCCUUAGUGCAGGGGCCAUGCUAAUCUUCUCUGUAUAUUUUCUGUUGACCAUAUGCCCCGAAGGGCGAAAUGUAUCUUCGUUCAGUUCAUUAUAA